GGCACGCAUCACACACGCUCAUUUUGUCAAGUGGUGGAACAUUCAGAGUGUCUGUCAUGUCUGUUUUUGAUUUUGUCGGUACGGGGUGAAAAUAAAAGCUUAACACCGUUGUGCCAAAAACAAGAUGGAGCAAAACAUUGCUAAUUUUCUAAAGGACGCAUUCCCAGAGGCAAACUUUGAGCGUCUACACUCUGAUGACGACGUUAACGUACCUCAAAAUGAGCCCGACAUGGAGGACGACAACAGUCACAGAGAAUCCAGUGGGUCUGAGUCUGACAUAGAUUUAGAGUGGGCGAAUAGGGAAGAGGAAACUAAGAACUUUUCUGAGAAUAGGAACUUCUCAUUAGAUGAACAAAGCAUCAAGGCAGGAGCUAUGCCCUGUGGUUCAUGGGAUGACGACAAUACAGAUGAAAACAAGACACAAACCCAAAACCAGCUAUUAAGCUUGCAUGAUGAGGAAUGCAGAGAGAAGGAAGUCGAGACACAUGCAGAUAUCCAUCAAAUGAACAAGGAACAAGCUGAAGAUGUCAGUAUGCUGGAAAUGGUUCUUCCAAAAGGAACUCACUAUGAUCUGGAAACAAUGAGCCCAGAGACCCCAUCACAUCUACUGAAGAUGGAGGUCCAGUCUGGGGAUGAGAUGAAAGAGUUUACAGAAGAAGAUCAUGAAGAUCAUGAAAGAGAAGAGGAAAGUUUAGCAGAGUACCCCUCUGAUUUGUCUCAAAGUGAUAGUGGGGACAGCAGUAAGGGUCAUGAGGGUGGACAACCCAAUCACAUGGACUCCAAGCUGGCUCAGGUGCAGGUUGUAGACCUGGGUUGUUCCUAUGAGAUGAAGAACCUAGAAGAACCUCCACUGAAUUACAAAGUUGUAACUUCAAGGAAUGAUGAUGUUCAAAUGAAAGAUGGAUGUAUGGAUCCUGUAGACAUGCUCACUUAUGUCAAGGAUCUGAAUGUGGAGACACCUGGGAAAUCUGAUGAUGACAUAUUGUUCCAGACAAAGCAGGACAGUAUUAGAAAUGACGAAUAUAACAGUGAGAUUUCAAACACUGGGGAAAGUUCUGAUUUUGGCAUCUCUGCGAAUUUCCAAUCUAAUUCCAGUGAAUCUUACAUGACUGAGCAGCCUGACUAUGAUAGUGAUAUCAGCAGUGAUGGUGAAUACUGCAAGAGCCAAGAAGAAAACCCUGAUUUCACUUCCCAUUCAAUCUUGGAGGAAAAAAAACCAGCUGACAUGAAACAAAAGCUUAACUUCAUGAAAGACUUUGCAAGAGAUCGGAACAGCAUUGAACAUGAAAUAGAGGAUGUGGUGGUCACAGAUAGUCAGAAAGAGGUGUGUGAUAUACAUUUUUCAAGCAAUCCAGCAUCUCCUAAAGGAGGAAUGGAAGGAUCUUCUGAGACAUACUCAUCUGAAAACAGAAGUGUGAGUGAGUCACAUCCACUAGAGGCCAAGAACAACAAAGAACAUGAUAACAGUGAACACUCAGAAGUUUCAGACAUUGGUGAAAAUAUCAACACUUUGCUACCUGGGACAUUUUUGAACUUGAUGGAUGAUCACAACCUGGAGCUUGACGAAUAUGACUGGGACAUUAAUGAAAAAGAAGUGAUAUGUGAUGAAGAGGACUAUUUUCAGGACGAGCUGGAGAAUGAGGAGGAGGAGGAGACCAAGGGGGACUGGGAGAAAGAAAAAGCAAGAAUUGAGGCAUUUAACAGAUUCUACCAGCCCGCUGAAGGCGAGGAAAACAAAGAAUCCUCUCUUUAUGAAGUGGAUAGUGACAGGUAA